GCCUGCGCCAAGGGAGGGCCCGCCGGGGAGCGGCUGGGGUCGGGGCGCGCGGGCUUCGGUUGUGGCGCCUCCGCCUCGGACCAUGGUCUGCGCGGGCGGCGGGAGGAUCGGCCCCGCUCUGCUGCUGCUGGCUGGCCCGCUUCGGAGGGGUUUUUCCACGUUCCAAGUCAACUUCGCCCAUCCAGAAUUUGAGCAGCGGCCUCCUCAGAUCAUCUCGCAGGCCAACAUGAAGGUGGAAAUCCUCCCAGCCCUCACAGACAACUACAUGUACCUCCUCGUGGAUGAGGAGACCAAGGAAGCAGCCAUCGUUGACCCCGUGCAGCCCCAAAAGGUUCUGGAUGCAGCCAAGAAGCAUGGAGUAAAACUGACCACUGUGCUUACUACACAUCACCACUGGGACCACGCUGGUGGCAAUGAGAAACUUGCAAAGAUGGAGCCGGGGUUACGAGUGUACGGGGGAGAUAGCAGGGUUGGAGCCCUCACCCAGAAAGUGUCUCACCUUACGACCUUUCAGGUGGGCUCCCUCAACGUGAAAUGCCUCUCAACUCCCUGCCACACCUCUGGACACAUCUGCUAUUUUGUGACAAAGCCUAACAGCUCAGAACCACCUGCGGUGUUUACAGGUGACACCUUGUUUGUGGCUGGCUGUGGAAAGUUCUUUGAAGGAACGCCGGAAGAAAUGUACCGAGCUUUGAUUGAGGUCUUGGGGCGCCUCCCUCCUGAAACGAAAGUCUAUUGUGGCCACGAAUAUACCAUCAACAACUUAAAGUUUGCCCGGCAUGUGGAACCAAAUAAUGCUGCCAUCCAACGAAAGCUAUCAUGGGCAAAGGCCAAAUACGAUGGAGGGGAGGCAACCAUCCCAUCCACCAUCGGCGAAGAAUUCACAUACAACCCGUUCAUGAGAGUGAGAGAAUCAACCGUGCAGCAUCAUGCCCGGGAAACGGAUCCUGUCCGGACCAUGGGGGCCAUACGCAAAGAGAAGGACAGCUUCAAAGUGCCGAAAGAUUAAAGGAACCAAAUCCCCCCCCCCGUUGUUUUUCUUUUCUUCUUCUUCUUUCUGUUAUUCAGUUCAGGAAAUUGGUGUUUUUAUUGUUCUGUUACUAUUGAGUUCAUUCGCAUUAUGGAAUUCAGUAGGGGGAGGAGGGAAAAAUAAAUCACCGAAGCACUUUGCUGUUUAAAAAAAAUUUAAUUAUUCUCGUGCCCUUGGGACUCAGUUAAUUAUUAUUAUUAUUUGUAUUAUUUUUAGCGUGAUGCACGGAAGUGGUAUGGGUGUCUCUGCUGGGAGCAGAGGCUCUGUGGGUUUUUGCCAGCGGGGUCCAGUGCAGACCUUCUUCCGGGGGACUAGACUAAGGAGGGUGAACCUUUUCGGCACCAAGUGCCCAAAUCGGAACACGCAUGAAUGUAUGUGUGCCAGAGCGCCAGAAACUUGAAGACUAGCUGGCCAGUGCACAUGCCUGUUUUUUGGCCAUUAUUUGGGGCCAUUUUCAAGCCGUUUUCUGGCGUGCCGGCACUCGCAGAGACAUGUGCACUGGAGACCAGAAGAGCAGCUGGCGAUGCAAGUGCUCAGAGAGAGGGUUUUGUGUGCCACCUCUGGUAUGCGUGUCAUAGGUUCGCCAUCAUGGACCUAGACUUUCUGGGAAGCUGGCUUUGAACCCUCUCUGCCUCUUGAGUCAAAAUGCACCUUUGAAAGUCUCGGUGAUUUCUCUAAAGACUUCAAAACGAAUCUUUCUAAUCUGCCAAGGAGUGUUUUCCGCUAUUCUAAAAUGCUCCUUCCCUCCAAGUGUUUGCAAUCUUGCAUGUGCUCUUUGCAUGCGAGCACGCCGUUCCCCCUGAGCAAACGUGCCCGUCCCUCAGGGAACUAAGCAGCGGGCUGGGAAACCCAACAGAGGAGAAGUGACAUUGCAGGAGCAAGUAAAUAGCGGUGUUUGUAGAUCUUUAAAAUAGGGAAACGAUGAUUGUUUUAACAGCACAGCACUUUAAAAAAGGAAAAAGAAACAAACCUUUAAAAUCUAUUUUAACUGGUCGUGGCUUCAACCAGAAGUGAUUAGCAAUUCCAUUUAAAUAUUCUCAGCACUCUGGAAAAACUCUGAAUUUUCAGAAAUCAAAACUAGUGACGGUAGAAAAUGGUGUGUUUUCUUUCUUUCUUUUUGCUUUAUUUAAGCUGCCACGGCAGAGUUGCACUUGCAAAACCUUCAUUGUAGACAACCUCCUUCUUAAAGCUUGAAUUGUCAUUUCCCCGUUGAUUCAGCUAAUGUACAUGUAAAUAAAUAUUAUAUCUAAUAAAUAUUACUUUAAGAGAUUAA